AGGGGAAGUGGGCCAGGGCCAGUUGGAAAACCUGCCUCCCUCCCCGCCUGGGUGUGGCUCCCCUCUCCCCUCCUGAGGCAAUCAGCGGAGCGCUACACAAAGCUCAACCUUGGAACAGACUGUUUGAAGGAGUGGAGAGUCUUCAGCUCCCUGCAGACGCGGUCAGUGCCUCUGGGAAAGGAUGCAGAGGCUCACAGAGAUGGCUGCUGCUUUGGGCAUCUUCUUGGGCCUGCUGGCAGCGACAGCAAUGGCAGGCCCUAACCAUCCCCAGAUAGACACCUCCGGCAUGCUGCCUGUCCACCAUCGCCAAAAGAGAGCCUGGAUUUGGAAUCAAAUGCAUAUAGAUGAGGAGAAAAACUCCUCCCUGCCCCACUACGUGGGAAAGAUCAUGUCCAGCAUCAACAGUAAGAAUGCUAAGUAUGUGCUGCAAGGACCGUUUGUUGGCAAAAUCUUCAGGGUCGAUCCUGACACAGGAGAUGUGUAUGCCUUUGAGAGAUUAGACCGGGAAAAGAAAACUGAGUACAACCUUACUGCCCUCAUUGUGGACAAGGAGACCAACGAAAACCUAGAACAAUCUUCCCACUUCAUUGUCAAGGUUCAUGAUAUAAAUGACAACUGGCCUGUGUUUACACGCCAGGUAUUCAACGCAUCUGUGCCAGAGAUGUCAGCUAUGGGGACCUCUGUCAUCCGUGUGACUGCAGUGGAUGCAGAUGACCCCACCGUAGCAGGCCAUGCCACUGUCAUGUACCAAAUCCUGAAAGGAAAUGAGUACUUCUCCAUUGAUAAUUCUGGACUCGUUUUCACAAAGACCAAAAACUUGGACAGAGAGACACAGGCCGAGUACAAGAUCGUGGUAGAAGCACGAGAUGCCCAAGGUCUGCGGGGCGAGUCAGGCACGGCCACUGUGCUGAUCAAGCUGGAAGACAUCAAUGACAACUUCCCCAUCUUUACUCAAUCCACGUACACAUUUACGGUGCCAGAAGACAUCCGUGUGGGCAGCCCCUUGGGAUUUCUAUCUGUUGAGGACCCAGAUGAGCCUCAGAACCGGAUGACCAAGUACAGCAUCAUGCAGGGCGAGUACAGGGACACCUUCACCAUUGAGACAGACCCCAACCGUAACCAGGGCAUCAUCAAGCCCACGAAGCCCCUGGAUUAUGAACUCAUCCAGAAGUACACAUUCUACAUUGAGGCCACAGACCCCACCGUCAGACUCGGAUACCUGAGCAGCACUGCAGGCAAAAACAAAGCCAAGAUCACCAUCAAUGUCAUGGAUGUGGAUGAGCCCCCGGUCUUCCAGCGACACUUCUAUCACUUCCAACUGCCAGAGAACCAGAAGAAACCUCUGAUUGGCACCGUGGUGGCCAAAGACCCUGACAAGGCUCAGCGCAGCAUUGGAUACUCCAUCCGCAAGACCAGUGACAGAGGCCAGUUCUUCCGAAUAACCAAACAGGGAGGCAUCUAUAAUGAGAAAGAACUGGACAGAGAAACCCACGCCUGGUAUAAUCUGACUGUGGAGGCCAAUGAACUGGAUUCUAGAGGUAACCCAGUGGGAAAAGAAUCCAUUGUGCAGGCUUACAUUGAAGUCUUGGAUGAGAAUGACAACCCCCCGGAACUGGCCCUGCCCUAUGAACCUAAAGUGUGUGAGAAUGCUGCCCAGGGCAAGCUGGUGGUACAGAUCUCCGCAACAGACAAGGAUGUGAUGCAACCAAACACAAAGUUCAAGUUUGCCCUGAAGUCCGAGGACAGCAACUUCACCCUCAUAGACAACCAUGACAACACGGCCAACAUCACAGUCAAGUAUGGGCAGUUUGAUCGGGAGAAUACCAAGUUCCACUACCUACCCGUGCUCAUCUCAGACAAUGGCAUGCCCAGCCUGACCGGAACCGGCACGCUAACAGUGGCUGUGUGCAAAUGCAACGAACAAGGCGAGUUCACCUUCUGUGAGGAGAUGGCCGCCCAGGCGGGCAUCAGCAUCCAGGCGCUGGUGGCCAUCUUUCUCUGCAUCCUCACCAUCACAGUGAUCACCCUCCUCAUCUUCCUGCGGAGGCGGCUCCGAAAGCAGGCACACGCACAUAGCAAAAGCGCCCUUGAGAUUCACGAGCAGUUGGUCACCUACGACGAGGAGGGCGGUGGCGAGAUGGACACUACCAGCUACGAUGUGUCAGUGCUUAAUUCGGUGCGCAACGGGUCCACCAAGCCCCUGCGGUCCACGAUGGAUGCCGUACCAGCAGUGUACACGCAGGUGCAGAAGCCACCACGGCUAGCUCCAGGAGCACACAGCGGACCCAGCGAGAUGGCCACCAUGAUCGAGGUGAAGAAAGAUGAGGCAGACAAUGACAGCGGUGGCCCCCCCUAUGACACACUGCACAUCUACGGCUACGAGGGCGCAGAGUCCAUCGCAGAGUCACUCAGCUCCCUGACCACCAAUUCCUCCGAUUCUGAAAUCGACUAUGACUUCCUUAACGACUGGGGACCCAGGUUCAAGAUGCUGGCGGAGCUUUAUGGCUCGGAUCCCCGGGAAGAGCUUAUCAUCUAGGGUUUCCGGUCUUUGGGCCAGGAGAUCCAAACUCAUUGCAGCUGGGAUCAGACACCUGACACACUUUCCCUGAUUUCCGAGGAGUGGCACAGACCCUCCAGCCCAGCACCCCUUCCUUGUGGCUACCAAAGACCUUUCCAUCCUCCGGGUAGCAAAUUCCAAGUCCCUUAAAUAUCCAGAGAUAGAGACAUGUUUUGUUGAUGGCCACUCCAAAUACUGCGAAAGUGAGGCUCGUGUUCUGUCUUUGGGCACCCACCCACAUACACACUCCCAAUCUAUCCCAGACUUCCAUUCCUUCAAAACUGCCAAGCAAACCUGCCUAUGCUGAACUUUGAGGAGUCUUCCCCAGG